AUGGCUGUUGAUACCAGCUACCUAACCACUCAGGUCAACAAUAUCGUCGAGCAGCUCCAUGGCAUCUAUGAUGAAAUCGGAGUCCCUCCCCGCGAGCGCGAAAACCGCGAAGCAGAGCUGUUUAGCGCUUUGUCUGAGACCCUUAACAAUCAUCUCAAAGUCGUUGACGAUGAACGAGAAGAGAUGACAAUCGAGGCUCAGCGCCUAAUUACACAAAUUACCCAGAUGGAGUCAUCUUUGACCGAUGAAAUGGCCAAUGGCCAGUUCGAGCUCAACCGCGACGACCUUCAAAUUACCUACCCGCUCAACCGGUGCAUCGCCUUUUUGCGCGAGAAGAACGACGCCAUGAGCAAGCUCCACCGUGAGCGCUUCGAGCAGGUUAAGAAACUUGUUGACGCACUUGAAUCUUACUCCUCCCAUCUCGAGCCAACCUUUGUUAAACUUGAACUUCCCCCUACCACAGAAGGUUCAUCAAUACCCCCAAGCUUCGACCUUUCGCCACUUUAUGUCACAGCAUUGGACGCAGAGUUCACACACGUUUACGAAGAGUACCACCGCCGUGUCGCACAAGUUCAAUCUGCAUGCGAAGAAAUGAUCAAGCUUUGGGCUGAACUCGGAACUCCCCAGGCCCAAACAGACUCAACUAUUGUCAAAUGUUAUCGCGAAUCUCCCGAACAGCUCGGUCUGCACGAAUCCGACCUCAUCAGCCUGAUGGCCAAGCGCGACAAAUUGGUGGAGCAGAAAGCCGGACGCGAGCGCAAGAUCAAGGAACUCCGCUCUACUGUGGAAUCUCUAUGGGAUCGCUUUGGUGUUGAUAACGCUGAUCGCAAGGCAUUCCUGGCUGCCAACCGUGGCUGUGGUUUGCGCAUUAUCAACGACCUCGAGGAAGAAUUGACACGCCUCAAUGAGCUCAAGCGACAGAACCUCCACUUGUUUGUGGAAGAUGCCCGUUGCCGUUUGCAAGAGCUUUGGGAUAGUCUCUUCUUCUCUGAAGAAGAGAUGCUUGAUUUCACCCCGGCAUUCUCUGAUGUCUGCAGCGAUGCGCUGCUCGAGGCACACGAGGCCGAGAUCAACCGCCUUGAGGCUCUUAAGGAGCAACGUGCCCCGACACUGGAGAUGAUUGACCGACACCGCACUCUCUUGACUGAUCGUGAGGCACUGGCAACUUCAAGCCAAGAUGCUUCUCGUCUCAUGGGCCGCGGAAACAAGGGAGAGAAGCGUGACCCCGGAAAACUGCUGAGAGAAGAAAAGCUGCGUAAACGAAUUGCAAAGGAGUUGCCCAAGCUGGAGGCUGAUCUCCGCAAAGAGUUGGAACACUGGGAAGACGAAUUUGGCCGGCCAUUCCUCGUCCAUGGAGAGCGAUAUCUCGAUGCCUUGACCCCUGUCGCCGCCAAGCCUCCCCCACGCUCCAAGACUCCUUCCGCUCCUCCCUCCACUACCAAGUCUAACUUUGCUAGACAGCAGCCUCCCUCCCGUCCAGGUAGCUCCAUGAGGGGACCUCCUCCUCCUCGCUCAGCCACGAAGACGCCAACUAGCAGCGGUCCAGUUAAGCACAACACCAUUGGAUAUGGCGCAUCUCGAGCUGGUGCUACAUCCAGGGCUGGUGCUACCUCUCCCUCUAAGCUUCCUGCUCGUGUCCCCCUGGGAAACAUGCCACACGGAAACAAUUCCCCUGAGCGCCGUGCCCAGCCCGGCAGCUACUCAUCUAGCACGCUCAAUGGAAAGAUGCCGCCUCCUCGUGGACCUCCCCCUAGGAUGCGUGCAUUGACCGUUGAAUCCAGAGAAGACCGCUUCAGUCACCUCAUGGAUCCGCCUCGUUGCAACAGUGCCAUGUCCAGCGCAUAUGUGCGCCCUGUGAGCCCUGAAGACGUCUACGAUGACCGCCAGCGAUCUUUCAUGAGCACCUCUGGCUUCUCCAACUCCCAACGCUCCACUGGCUUCUCUCAUUCAUCCCACUCUUCUCAGUCCUCGCUGUCUUUGAACUCCUCCAUGCAGGCUUUCCCUCGGCCGAACCCCUACCUUAGCCAUGCAGCUCCUCCUCCUGCUGCCCGCCAGGUCUCAAACGCCUCAACUGUCAACACAGCUACCUCUGGCUCCGAGAACUGGGAGACCUUUGAGGAUGGUUCAGACGCUGAGCCCGAUACCAGCGACAUUUACUUCUCCAAGCUACGUGCUGCACACGGAGGAAAGCGCUUUGCUCCUGAAGACUCAUCCGACCUCAUGGGAAAGAAGGCCAAGGGCAUCCGAAGCGUCAGCCCAGAUGGUCCACACCCUGGACAGGUCUUGCGCGUCGCAGGUAGUGAUAAUGAGUGGGCCGAUGACUUCGAGACUUACUAA